AUGAAUUUUUAUCCUGCCUCCUUUAAUCUUAUGGUGUCUGAAGACAGGUCUUAUGCGCACGCAGCCCGAGUGAGUCUACGCGACCCGAACGCGACAAGCGGUGGUUCAGAUGCAAAUUUAUUCCAUUUUCCAGUCACUUUAGGAAGUUUGGCAGACUUGAACUCGGACUCCGACGUUGAAAUCAUUGAAGCUAUAGGUAGGCAAAUUGAAACAACCCUUCGUUCUCUUGUUUUCUAUGUACUUAGCUGUUGUAAUCUUGGCCCACGAAUGUGCUAACAUACUUGUCACGCGCGAACGUACUUUUAAUACAUUUUCCUAUACCUCAUUUUCAUAUCCUGAUAUCAUGCUAUUUCUACAGAAAUUCCUAUCUUGCCAAAGAAGCGAAGAAGCCGAACAAACUUUGACGCUUGGCAGCUUGGAGAACUAGAGAAGGUCUUCAAACGAACUCAAUACCCCGAUGUGUUCACCAGAGAGGCGCUUGCGCUGAAACUCGACUUACUUGAAUCAAGAGUACAGGUAGGAAAAUCCAACUUGAAUCUCACUAGAAACGCAGUUGAACAUUGUUGUGACUGCUUACAAGUGAACAAAUCUGUGUCUGUCUGUCCUGGAAGUGUUACGUACUGUAGCAUGAAACUUUCCCGUUCGUGCUCUGCGCCCUUAAUUUUAAUUUUUCCUUUCGUGGUCGGUAAAUUGGGCACUGCAUGAAGAUCUGAAUAGGUUUUGGUGGUAGUACAAACUUCGUAGAAUACAAUUUGCAACAGCUGCCCAGCCGAUAAUUUUUUUUAACACCUUCUGCACGAAGAAUUCCGUAGUUUUCACGCUAGCGACACGAAGCUUAACAGACUCUUUUUCGAGCACACUUCAAAGUCUCGUGUGGACACAAAAAGAGACUAUUCUGUUAGAACACUGUACGAAAUCGACAUUUUAGAUAUCUUUCAGUCUUUUACUUUCUUUAAGGAGUGUUUAAAGGCAGCAAAAGAAAGUUUCAAAACAGAAGGUCGCUAUAUGCCACGAACCGAGUUAGACACCCAACCGAGUUAGUUUGCGAUUUACACACCUAAUUAAAUUUUUUAGCCGGUUGUAUCUAACCAUUGUUUGUCAAUUGGGGAUUAAAUGAUUCCUCUAUUCUACAAACCAGAGACAUUUUUCUACCACAAAACUAUUCUUUGUUUCCGCUAAGCUGCAGUCGAGUUGAAUUCUAUGGGAAGCCAUUUUGAGAUGUCGCUCUGUUAUCGACCAUUUGCGACGUUGCAGAAGUGAAAAUUGUAUUGGCGACCUAGAGUCGCCAUCGGCUUCCGUUAAAAGCGUCCGAGACUGGCUUCUUGCAGAGAUUUUGUCUCGUUUUUGCUCACACUUUUUUAACGUAUAAGCUCAAAACGUACCACGAAACGAUCGAAAGGCGAAGAUCAGUAUUUGUAAUGUAGAGAUGAAUUAUCUGUUUUCGAAAUGUUCUCAAGGGUGUGAUUUAUGGCAACAUACGUGUUGCGAUAGAUUACAAUUUAACUCCUCUUCACGCGUUUUGCCACAUUCCCAGCUAAUCAAUAAAUCACUUUCCGACAGCGAUUUAAGUGUAAAUUGUGUUAAAUGCUGCUAAAGCUUGCUUCUGGAUUGCCUUUGGUUGCAUAGGAAUGUUUAUGUUUGGCAUUGUAGGGAAACGGUUUCAUCCCUUUUAAUGCCUUUAAACGGUGCUAACACAAACUCUUAGAAGCUCUAAUUGAGUAAGGACCCACACCACUGUGAUAAUUAAUGUAACUGGCAAUUCCCAAAUUUUUCUCGAACGUCGAACGUCGAGAAAAUCAGGUUACUAAAUCAUAAUUAAUGACUGAAACAGCUAGUUUCCUCCUCGGGCGAAACCAGUGACUCCAAAUACAGUUCGAAUAGCCAGAUAAACGUCGUUUUUCAAUGUCAUGGUGUCAGGCAAAUAGCUCUUUUUAGCAACAUUACUUCCUCAGUUUAACCUUGAAGCUUUGCGCUUGUCAGAACUUGAUAAAUUGCUCGGAGAAGGGUCACUAUCACUUUAUUAUUAUGAUUAAUGCGCUGUAGAAACGAGAGUCCCAAACUCUCUGACGUGACAGCCUUGAGCGGCUGAACCCAAGUGGUAAUGAUGGGGCUUUUCUCAUUGACUCAUGAUAAUUCAGUCCAGUUUACAUAAUUAUAGACAUUUUUUCCUGUGGUUAACCUCUUUAUAACUGAAGUUCUUUAGUACGGGAAAAAUGAGAAAACGCGUUGAAAACCUCCAUGGGUAUCUUAAGCUUUUUCGUGCUACAGUUAUGUAAAUAUAUAAAUAAUUGCAUUCCACACCGUUAAUUUUUAUGAGCAAAUAAUAUUUUUUUCUUAACGUGAAACUACUAAUUUCCUGGCUUGUAUUUUUUUUGUCAUGAUUUAUUGCAGCAAUGAAUUGAGCUCAAAUGGGAUCUUUUGAACUUUUUAGGUCUGGUUUCAAAACAGGAGAGCAAAAUUGCGAAGAGAAGAGAAAACUAAGGCCAGACCAGGCAGAAGAGAAAAAAGUCAGGUGGAAAAAACGGCUGUAACACUUAAGCUUCUUGAAGUGUUUGACAGAGAAUUGACUUCAGGGAGAAAUAAAAAAGAAACAAUUCAAGCCUCUUCGCCAGCGACUGAGGAGAACGAUGAGGAGUCAUCUCUCCCAUCGAAUUCUUUCAGUAUUGAGAGCAUUUUAUCACGGAAGGAUCCACCACAAACGGAAAGAAAGGCCACUGUGUCUGCGGAAAAUGUGGGACAAAGCUUUCGCAUUGAACAACUUCUUGAUAGUAACAGAGAAAAACAAAAAAGGGUGAACAAUGACAGCUCGGAUGAAUCUUCUUGUGGCACGACUGCGGUUUCAAAUUCUAUUGUGUAUAAAGUUGCUAAUUCGGAGAGCACGUGCCCAGAAAGAACUGCUGAUGUCCAAGAAAACGCAAAAGAAAUAUCAAGCGAAGUGUCCACAAGGCUAGCGCCAUUUUAUGUUCCAUUGGCAAAACACACCUGUUCGGCGUAUCAGAUCUUUCGGGAGAGUCAUGUUUCCAGCAAGCCAAUGUUAUCUCAAAAAGAUGAGAUGUUUGAAAACUUUCGUAGCUCAAGUAUUUUAAGAUUGAGAACAAAGGCAGAGGAACAUUUAAAACAGCUUCAAGUUUCUUAG